AAUACAAGAGAGCCUUGACUUAGCAAAAUUCGGAACGACGUAGUAUUAUCCCGUAACACAAGCCCUAAUAAAUAGUGUAUGAGCAAGCGACGAUCAUUAAGAAGCCCAAAUAAUCAAAAUGGCAGCAUCUUCGUCCUCAACGACGUCGUCUUCCUCCUCCGACGAGUCUCGCCGCCGACGCCGGCUUCGUCGCCGCCAAAAAACCGACGAAGACCCUCUCAAAGUAAGGAAAAGAAGCCGCUCCCACACAAAACGUCGCCGUAGGCGUCAAUCGCUCUCUUCUUCAGAAAGCUACACCUCUUCCUCUGAAGACUACAGUUCUUCUGACAGUGAAGAACAUGCAUCCCAUCAUUCAAAGCGACAUAAAAGGGUUGAAAAAUCAAAGAAGAAGAAAGACAAAGAGAAAAAGAAAGGUCAUAGACAUGAACGCCAUAAACUGAAAGAUAAAGAGAAGAAGCAGGGAAGUAGUGGUCCUGUGCAGCUUUCCAAGUUCUUGGGAAAAGACAAAGAUGACAGUUCUCGUCGCAGUGCCGUCUCUGGGAAAAAGAUAUUACUGAAGCUAGAUAAAACAAAGGAAGACAAGUUGGCAGAGAACAACCGGAAUGAGCUAUUGAAGUUCUUGAAUGCUAGUUAUGAUUGAUGAUGUUAAUCAGCAUAUAUAUUCUGUUCAUCGUGGGGCAUGAGUUGAGAUUUGCUCUAUGUAAUAUUCACUGUUGUUUGUGGGGUAAUAUCAUUAUACAACCUUUGCUGGUCAAGUUGUUGGCCUUUGGCGAGCCAUUCAGGUUUGAUGUUAUAUGGUAUGUCUAGGAUGAAUUUCUUGGUAUCUUCGUAUUAACAGCUUUGGAAAAUGGAACUUAUUUAUUGAAA